AUGGUGGACGUACGCAUCCCGCAAUGGACUGUCGAGAAGUCCUACAACCGUAGCCAGAACAACAGCCCCGCCACCACUCCCGAGCUCGACGACCACAGGAUCCGCCUGGCUCGCUCUGCCACAAUGCCGCUGCCAGCCCUCGAGCCGCCGUCAUCCAUGCUCCAGGACCGCUACCUCUCGUCCGAGGAGGAUCUCUCACCGAAUGCUUCCGACUCGGCAGACCAGUCCGACGAGGAUGACGAGGAUGACGACGAGGAGGUUGCCAUCAUCGAGGCCGCCGCAAUUGUUCCCCAAAAGGUUGCCAAAGCCGUUUCCUACGUCUCCGCCGGCCGUGCCAAAGUCGUCGACAUGAACGAUGCCCAGCCUGCCCGGGAACGCACCUUCAGCGUGCCCGCCGUCGCAAACGCAGUUCCCAUUCUCAAGUCCCCGAUGCCCCGGAUGUCCAGGAUGUCUUUUGCAAACUACAAGGCCCCAGCCACCGAAGCCCAGCCCGCCCUCCCCAAACGCUCGCCUUCCAUUCCGUCUGAGUGCAGCUCGCCUGCCAUUCCGGCCAGGUCAGAGAGGCGCAAGUCCUCGAUGCCUGCAAGAAUAUCCAGGUCGCCGCUUUCCUUCGAUCCUGCCUCAGCGCCACCGGUGCCGGACUCUGGAUCGCUCCGCUCAUGCGCCAAGGUCGCCAGGCAUUACAGCAUGGCAGCGGCGCCCUCGAGCAGCCUUUAUGAUGCCGAUCGCCUGAAGCUCUUGAGAUCGACGACUGAUCUGAGAGCCACGCUCUCUCCCAGCCCUCCGCUUCCGAUCAGGUCUCAGUCGACUGAGCCUGAACCUAUUUCACCCAUGCUUCAAAAGCCGACGCUCUCCAUCGACCCGGAUCUGCGUCGCCCGUCGUCGGCUCGCUCAUCUUACUCACAGUCGCCGCAUUCCAAGCGCGCCUCCGCAAUUCACAUCCGCCAGCGAUCCGGCUCAGUCCAGCUUCCUCCCUUCGCUCCCAGUGCUUCGCCUCUCACUCCUCUCACACCCCAGACUCCCGACUUCCUCAAUACCGAUCCCUUUGCGAAGAAGGAAGAGGACAAGGCUGAGGAAACGAGCAAGCCGGCGCACAGGCGUCUGCGUAGCAUUAGCCGCACCCUCAGCCUGGCCAAGAUUGCGUUGAACCCGCAAGGCAAGCGCGGGUCGACGUGGGGCAAGAGCAAGGCCAAGACUGAUAAGGUUCACCGUGACUCGAUGGACCUCGUGUCGCCCAUCUCCCCCUUGUCACAGCCAAAGGAUAGCUUCCUUGCCGUAUCUUCGCCGCUUGCACCGAACAUGCCGCCCACCCCUGUGACCCCCAGUACGCAAAUCCCACCGACGCCGAACACGGCUGUGUUCAGCCCACGGACCUCGUCUCGCAUGAGCAACAACACCAUGGACGACGAGUUCGAGCGUCCGCCGAGGACAUCCAGCCUGGGCACCCAGCGCCCUCGGCUCGUUCCCCGUCCCGCGGACGAGAGGGAACCUGCCGUCAGGCUCCCGCCCUUCCCCGACGCGGACGAUGAAAUGCGUAUCCCGGGUCGCAGGAGGCUGACCAAGAGGAAGAGCAUGCUCGGCCUCGCAUAA